GACAUAGGCGGGGGGCUGGCUCGCGUCCAAGACCACGGCUAUCCGACACGGCAGCUCCCGGGCUAUUUGCGGCGUGCUGCUAACUCUCUACACGUCACUGGUCUAUUUACGAGGGACGGGCACGAUAUUGUACUCAAUUAUGUCACCUGUACUUUGUUUUUUAUCAUAACUACAACCAAAUCAAGACACGAGCACGACAUAAUCUGCCAAAAUGUUUAAAAGUCAUUUAGAAAUGAUUGGCAGAAACGAGACGCCAUCAAAGAAAGCCAGAUUUUGGCAAUCCUUUGUGCGAUCUCUAAAAGGAUCGGAAGACAUCAGGGCCGAGGAGAGGUACAGGCCCACGCGCCGCAGCGUGUUCCCCGAGCUGCUGUCCUCCUCCUACCCCUACAGCAAGUCUAUCUAUGACGACCCCAUCGCCGCAGCCGAGAGGAUCACCGUCCCCGGAUACCGCUACCUCCCCGUCCAUCGCGAGGUCUACGGCUACUCCCCACGUCCCAUCUACGCGCACAAUUACGCUCGCUCGCUCGACCGGUACAGGCCAGUAUACCACGUGCCGAGGCGCGUCCGACGAGGCGUCGACCCCUUCGACGCUCACAAGGCGUGGCAAGACCAUCUAGACAGGCUGGCCGCCAUCGACAGGCUGUACCCCUCCCGCUACGGCCUUUACCUGAAGGACAGGGCAUAUCCCAUCACCGACCUCAACGCCCCCAUCGUCACCUCCAACCCCUUCGAGAAGAGCCUAAAAGGCAUCGAAUAUGAACCAGACAACAAGCCGCACUGGGGAACAGGAGCGUUGCCGGCGCGGAUUUCGGACGCGUUCACAAAGGAUCCAUUUUUCGCCGAAGCAGAAAAAUGGGCAGGCUUUGACCGCUCGCUCCGAGGGAUGUCGCCGACGCCAGUGAAGCCCCGCAUUAGCCCGCCCCGCGAUUGCGAGGUCGCUUACGAUGCCGACGGUGCGCCGCUGUACUCCGCCGCCGGCCGCCGGCCUUGGGCAGAUAUUUUCAACCCGAGCCCGUCCUUGCCGAUAUCGGCCAUCACUCGGGACCCCUUCUGGUACGACUGGCCGGAGCUGAAGCCCCUCGCCCGCUGGGAUCGCAGCCCCUCCUACAUCAGAGACUCCUACCUGUCGCCGGUCAAACGCACCUUCCUCUGGGACAAACAUCCGAUCAGGCCUUUAGAUUUAAUGGUGGCAGACUCACUCACCGUGGAUGAUCUGAGCAGGACUUUACCGUUCAUUCGUAGUCUAUAAAGCAACAACCAGCUGCUGCUUUCUAAGGGCGGUUCAUCGGAUCUACUUUAAGUUAUCUACAUAAUUAUCCUUAAUUUAUUAUUUUAUAAAUAAUCGUUUACAAUGAUGACUAUGUCAAAAUCAACAUUUUAUCGUUUGGUAAAAAUAAAACUAUGAAUCUAAACCAUUUUUUGAGUCAUUUUCACAAAUUUUCAUACAGGAUCUCAAAGACUGCUAUAACAUAGUCAAUUCACGAUACAAUAUUUGUUAUGCUGUAUUAAUUUUGUUUAAAUAAAAAUAUUUUUAUGUACUCCAAAAAAUAAAAAAAUCAAUAAAAUAUUCAAAAACUC